GGAAGUUAUGGGGGACGCGCCGGUCCCCAGCAUGGCGGCCUCUAGGCCCUCCGGGCAGGUUGCGUCCGAGAUUGCUGCUGCUCGGCUCCUGGCUGUCCUGUGGGUCGUGUCAGUAACCACGGGACCUUGGGGAGCUGCCGCCGGCGGUGGCGAAGAAUCACUUAAGUGCGAGGACCUCAAAGUGGGACAAUAUAUUUGUAAAGAUCCAAAAAUAAAUGAUGCUACACAAGAACCAGUUAACUGUACAAACUACACAGCUCAUGUUCCAUGUUUUCCAGCACCUAACAUAACUUGUAAGGAUUCUGGUGGCAAUGAAACACAUUUUACUGGAAACGAAAUUGGUUUUCUCAAGCCCAUAUCUUGCCGAAAUGUAAAUGGCUAUUCAUACAAGGUGGCGGUUGCACUGUCUCUUUUUCUUGGAUGGUUGGGAGCAGAUCGAUUUUACCUUGGAUACCCUGCCUUGGGUUUGUUAAAGUUUUGCACUGUAGGAUUUUGUGGAAUUGGGAGCCUAAUUGAUUUCAUUCUUAUUUCAAUGCAGAUUGUUGGACCUUCAGAUGGAAGUAGUUACAUUAUAGAUUAUUAUGGAACCAGACUUACAAGACUGAGUAUUACCAAUGAGACAUUUAGAAAAACGCAGUUAUAUCCAUGAAUAUUGUUUAAAAGAAACAGAUUUUGGCCUCCUUGAUUUUAAUAGAGAACUCUCAGUGUGUAGAUUUCCAGAUUUUCCUUUUUCCAUCUUCAUAUACCACUUUACGGAUUCUGUUUAAUUUUUUGUUGUUGCUGUUGUUUUUGUUUUGUUGUCUUAGUUAAAAACAUAUUAUUCUGAGAUUUAUUUAAUAGAACUUUGAGAUUUAUAUGAUAAUAGAGUCUUUCUUAGGCUACUGUCUCUAUGAGAUAGAUAGCUUAUUACUCUGAUAUUGAUGUGUUUUCCAAAGGCAAGUUGCCACUUGUCCUUUUUGCUUCUGAAAAAUAAAAGUAUGACUUAUUC